AUGGGGCUUUUUGAUAAGCUUGCAGGGUGGCUGGGCCUGAAGAAGAAGGAAGUGAACGUGCUGUGUUUAGGUCUGGACAACAGUGAAACUACCAUCAUCAACCAGCUAAAGCCGUCCAAUGCUCAGGCUCAAGACAUUGUCCCAACUAUAGGUUUCAGCAUAGAAAAGUUUAAGACCUCAAGUCUUUCUUUCACAGUGUUCGACAUGUCAGGGCAGGGCAGAUAUAGAAAUCUGUGGGAGCACUAUUACAAGGAGGGUCAGGCCGUCAUAUUUGUGAUUGACAGUGGUGAUAAACUAAGAAUGGUGGUGGCAAAAGAAGAAUUGGAUACCCUUUUGAAUCACCCUGAUAUUAAACACAGAAGGAUACCUAUACUCUUCUUUGCCAACAAGAUGGACCUCAGAGAUGCACUGUCUGCAGUAAAGGUCUCCCAGCUCUUGUGUCUGGAAAGCAUUAAGGACAAACCAUGGCAUAUCUGUGCAAGUGAUGCAGUGAAAGGCGAAGGUCUUCAGGAGGGUGUAGACUGGCUGCAAGAUCAAAUCAGAGCAAUGAAAACGUAAAACCCUCCUGAGAUAUAAACAGUCAAGGUCACCAGCUGCAAUGGCGGAGCCAGACAAAACAGAUCUUCACCUUUUGUGCUGAUGUUAAAAUCAAUUAGGUUGGUAGUGUAAUAAUUUGGCUUUGAUUAUGGCCCUGUUUGCACUAGGUAUAUGAACAUCUGUCUCAGUUGAUCUGAUCACAAGUGGUCAGUCGAGACUUUUAUUGUUAAACGUUAUUCUGACAGUUGUUUUCUUUUAAAGCUACACCUAACUAGUGAAGUUUAACCUAUUAGCCCAAUAAUUGAUUGACAGAUUCCCUGUUAUCCAGGAAGUAUAAGAUGAGUAAGAUCAAAAACAUUUCACCACUGUUGAUCACCUGAGCUAUUAUGCUAAUAUCAGGUGUAAAUUUGUCUGUGACAGUGCAUCUAGUAUUUGAUCAUUGCACCUUCUGUCUUGAUGAAUACAUACACUACACUUCUCUCUUGAUGAAUUACACUACACUUCUUGGCUGCCAAUGCUGUAAAGUAGUUCUGUUGAGAAACUCACUGUAACAGGUUUCUCAGACAGCAGAGCACAAUGGCUAAUAUUUAAUAUCUUAGCUAUGUUUUUGAAUAGAUAGAAAACAUUCCCGGUCAGUGUUUAUUCCAUUGCUUUGGAAUGUAAAAUUGGUCAAAGCUUGUUACUGUAGUGAUAUACAGUAGUGCUGUUUAGUCACUAUUUUGCUAUGAUUUACUUUUCCAUGCAUUGUAUGCAUGUUGCCUCUGAACAGUAUGAUAAUGAGAAAUUAUGACACCUCAAACGGUCACAAAGGAAACGUUCCUCUUUGUUCUGGAGUUAUUUAUUUUUCAUAAACAUUUUGUUUUAAAAGCAUAUGUAAAGGAAAUGUUGCUGCAUUUUUGUCUCGUGUUUUGUCUAGACAAAGUACAUUUUCACAUAUUAACAUAUUUUCUAAACAAAACAUUUUGCUGUUUUAUUCAUUAAUAAGGGAUCUUGUAAUAGAAUGUUUAAAGAAUAAACAAAAUUUGGGGCUUA